AACCAAACCAUAAAAGUGAUGAAACUCAGGCCCACGUUUUCGUAAACCCAAAAAACAAAAACAAAAAUCCAGCUAUUAUAUCAUUCUCCCCGCUAACUGUGCCGCUAAGUUUGUCGCUCUCUUUUGUGUCCAAAUUUAGCGCAAGAAGCUCUACACACUAUGUGCUUUUUUGUUUGCUUUCUACGCGUAAUUUUGUUUCGCUUUCUCUCCCUGCUGCCCUUUUUUUCUUUUCCCCUAAUUUGACACACCGCCAAUGCGAAGCCGGCACUUCUAGAGCUGUUUAGUUCUAUAUUUUCUUAAAAUAUAUAUCCGUUUUUUCGUUUGUUUGUUUAUUUUUCUUAGUAUUUUAUUCAGGGCUCGGAUUUGUUUUAGCAAAGUUUUUGUCUUUUUUUUUAGUGGGCUUCGUGGUCUCUCCGGCUCGGAGGGAGUUUUUCUGUGUCCAAUUAGGGUUAAGGAGUUUUUAAUUUAAUUUGGAUGUUGAAUUGUGGGGAUUUGAGAUGGGUGGAUUUUGGGUGACAAAUUCAUUUCAGGUGGCUCUGUGUUUAUCAUAGCAAUUAUUUUAUUAUUUUCUUUCUGCGUUAGAGAGAGAGAGAGAGAGAGAGAGAGAGAGAGAGGCAGAGAAACAGAGAAUGAGUUGCUUUUCUUGCCUUAGUCCUCGACGAAGUGUUGUGCGCAGGAUCGAUGUCGAGAAUGGGAAAAGAUCUAGUUCUCGUCAUUCUGCCGAUUCCUCAGGUAGUAGGAAAGGAAAGAAGGACACCCAUGAUAAUGAUAGUGGGAAAGGGAAGGGGGCAAUGAAUGAUAACAAGGGCAACGACCCGAAAUCCAGUGGGGCGCGUAGCUUUACAUUUCGUGAACUCGCGGCGGCCACGAGAGGUUUUAAGGAGGUGAAUCUUUUAGGGGAAGGGGGUUUUGGCAAGGUUUACAAGGGCCGCCUUGAGACGGGCCAGGUUGUUGCGAUUAAACAACUUAAUCAUGAUGGCCUCCAGGGGUUUCAGGAAUUCAUCGUGGAGGUUCUCAUGUUGAGCUUGUUACACCAUUCUAAUCUUGUCACCUUGAUUGGGUAUUGCACUGAUGGAGAUCAGAGACUAUUGGUUUAUGAGUUCAUGCCAAUGGGCAGCUUGGAAGAUCAUCUCUUUGGUCUUCAACCUGAGAAAGAGCCACUGAGUUGGAGUUCUCGAAUAAAGAUUGCUGUUGGUGCAGCUCGGGGUCUUGAGUAUCUCCACUGCCAAGCAAAUCCCCCUGUUAUCUACCGCGACUUGAAAUCUGCAAAUAUCUUGCUGGACAAUGACUUCAAUCCAAAGCUCUCGGAUUUUGGGCUUGCUAAAUUGGGACCUGUUGGCGACAAUACUCAUGUUUCGACUAGAGUGAUGGGAACAUAUGGUUACUGUGCCCCGGAGUAUGCCAUGAGUGGCAAAUUGACUCUUAAAUCUGAUAUCUAUGGUUUUGGUGUGGUUCUAUUGGAGUUGAUCACUGGCCGGAGGGCAAUAGACUGCAAUAAGAGGCAGGGAGAGCAGAACCUCGUUUCUUGGUCUCGUCCAUUUUUGAAGGACAGAAGGAAAUUUGUCCAAUUAGUGGAUCCUUCUUUGCAAGGACGCUUCCCUGUUCGAUGUUUGCAUCAUGCCGUUGCUAUUACUGCAAUGUGUCUUCAGGAGCAGCCAACUUUCCGUCCUCUUAUUAGUGAUAUUGUUGUAGCCCUCGAGUACUUGGCCUCUCAGAGUUACACCUCCGAAAAUAGUCGGGUCCGCGAUCCCUCGCCUCAAUCACCUUCGCAACAAGGCAGCAAUGUCUCUUCUCGGGAAUCAGAUUAUAGAACAAGUACAACUUAUGAAUAAACGUUCUUGGGCAGAAGCUGCUGAAACGCUUUGAUAAACUGUAUUCUACCUUUUGUCAAACUCACGAAAAAAUGUGUUGAAAUCCAUUUGCCAAUGUAAUCUAUAAUCAUAUACAGAACUGGUGUAUCUAUAUAUAUAUAUAUGCUUCAUGUAUAUACCAAGGUUUUGGAGUUGUAGCUUUUUAUAUUUAUAUAUUUUUUUAAAAAAAAAAAAUUAUCGAAAUCAUUACAAAUGGUUAGGUGCUUACAAUUGGCUGAGACUAAUAAGAGGAAGGGAAAGAGUCCACUGUUGGUGCAUCACUUCGUGCCGUUGCAAUUUGAAUCAAGUUAAUCAAUCGCGGGGAAGCUUUUGCUUGUAUUUGGACCUCGGCAUGAUCAUUACACACACAAGUGUUUUUGUACCUCCUAUUGUGCUGCCAAAUAAUUUCAGGCUAAACAGUAGCCGAAGGUGGGUCACCAGUUUUUUUAAAAUGUUUAUUUAUUUAUUAUUAUUAUUUUUUUGUAUUUUUAUCAUUUUGAUUUAAAAAAAUUGUAAGGUUAUUUUUGGUACAAAGUGGGUAUAUUGCAAUUUUGUAGUUUUGAGACAUUACUUCAACUAAAGUUUAUGAUUGCCUUAUAGUUGGAAAGGGUA